GACCUCCCGGCUUCCUGGAGUUGAACACCUCAAUCCCAGAGUCAUUACCUUCCUCACAGUCAUUUGGUUUUAGAAAAUGAUUCGUGCAGAUUGAGCAUGAGAGCGCACACUUUGGUAAACUAACAUCCAAGCAGCGAAACUCAAGUGCACCGAGGAGGAAAACUCGAUGCUGAAUUAUGGACCUUAAAGGUCUCCAUCUUCUGACUCUUCUGCUGGCGUCUCACGGACUACAACUUGUUCAAGGAAGUUGCGACAGUGACGAGUUUCAGUGCACCAGUGGACAAUGCAUUGACAUGGACUGGAGGUGUGACGGGACCAAAGACUGCACAGAUGACUCCGAUGAGCUCAACUGUCCGCCUGCGGCCUGCACCUCGCAGGAGUUCAAGUGCGUGACCAGCGGGGAAUGCAUCUCAUCCGGGUUCGUCUGUGAUGGGGAGGAAGACUGCAUUGAUGGUUCCGAUGAGCAAAGAACCUGUGGUGGACGGACUUGUAGUCCAGACCAGUUCACCUGCCACGAGGGCCAGUGUAUCCCCAGAAAAUACACAUGUGACCGUGUGAAGGACUGCCUGGACAACUCGGAUGAGAACAGCUGCAAUUAUCCAAGUUGUACAGAGAAGACAUGUGCUAAUGGGGCCUGUUACAAUCACUCUCAGCAUUGCAACGGCCUGCAAGAUUGCAGGGACGGUUCUGAUGAGUUCAACUGCACAAACCAGCACUGCCCUCUGCACCAGUUUCAGUGUGCAAAUGGCUACUGUGUCCCACAUUCAUUUGUGUGCGACCACUGGGAUGACUGUGGCGAUAACAGCGAUGAGCAAGGCUGCGUGUACCCCAGCUGCAGUGGCAGUGAGUUCACCUGCACCAGUGGCCGCUGCAUUCCUCAGAAUUGGGUUUGUGAUGAGUUCAAUGACUGCGGGGACUUCAGUGACGAGAGAGGAUGUGAUAGUAACUCCCGAGCCUGUUACCCUGGUGAGUGGGGAUGCCCGGGCUCAACAGUGUGUAUACCAUUGGGUAAAGUGUGUGAUGGUAAUCCUGAUUGCCCUGGAAGUACAGAUGAGACCAACGCCACAGCGCAGGAAACCUGCGGCCUGGAUCGAUGCUCCACCUUGAGCUGUGAGUUUCUCUGCCACCCUUCUCCUCAAGGUGGUACAUGUUAUUGUCCCGAUGGCUUUAUAGUCGGAAAUGACAGCCGCUCCUGUGUAGACUACAAUGACUGCCAGAUCUGGGGGAUUUGUGACCAGCUGUGUGAGGAUCGUCCCGGGACGCACCACUGCAGCUGUGCUGAUGGAUACUUCAUGGAGCAGGGUCACGUCUGCAAAGCCAACGUUUCUGCGGGAUUACCACAGCUCAUUUUCACCAACGGCGGUGAAGUGAUGAUGGCUGACAUACACGGACGCUUGGUCAGAACUUUGGUGCCGACCCAGGGCAGAGGUUACGCUGUGGGAGUGGCCUUCAACUGGCGGAGCGACCUCAUCUUCUGGAGCGACACAUACACCAAGAAGGUUUAUUCUGCCAACUACAACGGGGAAAAUAUCAAGGAGGUCCUUACUGUUGCAGUUGCCAAUGUCCAGAAUCUGGCCGUGGACUGGGUCAACAUCAAACUGUAUGUGUUGGAGGCCAGGGUGGAGCGCAUCGAUAUGUGUGACUUUGACGGAGGGAAUCGAGUGACGCUGGUGGCUGAAAACCUGGUGACUCCUCAUGGCCUCGCCCUGGAUCCCACAGUGGGCUACAUGUUCUUUACAGACAUGGGCAGUAACAACGAGCAAACCAAACUUGAACGGGCCUUCAUGGAUGGCAGUAACCGUGUAGAUCUGGUCAAGGACAGACUGGGGACACCAACAGGAAUUACCCUGGAUAUUGUCACCCGGAGGGUCUACUGGUCUGACAGUCACUUUGACACACUGGAGACCGUCACCUACAGCGGUCUGGACAGGAAAGUAGUCCUCAACGGUGCGACGCAGUCUCCACACCCUUUUGGGAUGGCCGUGUUUGAAAAUCACGUGUUCUUCACUGACUGGACCAAGAUGGGUGUGAUCAGAGCCAAUCGCUUCAACGGCAGCGACCCAGCACUCCUCUAUCGUACCGCCAAGCGGCCAGGCCACGUCGUCGUCUCACACCCUGUCCUUCAGCCUUUUGUGAGGAGCCCCUGCGGCAGACACAACGGUGGCUGUCAGCACAUCUGCGUGUUAAGUCACCGCACCGACAAUGAUGGUUUGGGCUUCCGCUGCAAGUGUCGCUAUGGCUACGACCUGCAAUCUGACCGGCAGACAUGCUUUAAGGUGAAGGAUUACUUGUUGAUGGCGUCCUCUGUGGCGGUGCGAGGAAUUCCCCUGAACGUGUCCCUCCAGGAGGACGUCACCCUUCCCCUCUCAGGACUCGGAUCAUCUUUUUCUGGCUCUGCCGUAGAGUUUGAUGGGAACGAAGAGGCCAUAUUUUACAACGAAAGGUCUAGAGGACUCGUCUACAAGUCAAACCUCAAUGGCACCGUUCAGCAGAUUCUGACGGGCUACAGGGUGGGGACUGUUGAUGCCAUGGCUUACGACUGGACAUCCAAGGUUUUGUUUUGGACCACGAGCACCUACAGGUCCGUGGUGGCCUUCAGAGUGACAGACAAGUCCAGACGGGACAUUGUUACUGGACUGAGGUAUCCAAAGGGAAUUGCAGUGCAUCCCAGUGCUGGCUACUUGUUCUGGUCGGACUGGUAUCGUCCAGCGGUCAUAAUGAAAGCCUUUACCGAGGGCAGCCAUGCUGUUCCUCUGGUCAACACCACUCUGGGAUGGCCAUUUGGACUCGCUCUCGACUAUGCGAUGGACCGGCUGUACUGGGUGGAUUCCCUCCUGGAUCAGAUCGGUCACAUUGACAUUGAAGGAACUGACAGAAAGAUGUUUAGCAACAUUGGCCAGAUCACUCAACCCUUCUCAUUGACUGUUUAUUCAGACUACUUGUAUGUGUCUGAUACGAGGACGAGGGCAAUAUUUGAGAUGAGGAAGAGGGAUGGAGGAGGAAACGUUAUGAUCAGGAAAGGAAUCACCGGCAUCAUGAACAUCAAGGCCUACACAGCCGACGUCCACAGCACCUACACCAGUCGAUGUAACACGGUGCCCAACGGACGCUGCAGCCACUUCUGCUUCCCACUCCCCAGCUUCAACCGGGUGUGCGGAUGUCCGUACGGCAUGAAACUUGGAGACAAUAACAGGGACUGCAUUAAAGACGACUCUGUUUCUCCACCUGACAACAUCUGUGGCGACUUCGCCUUUGAGUGCGACGAAGGACGCUGCACGCCCAACUCUUACCGCUGCGAUGGGAUGUUUGAUUGCGUGGAUAAGACUGAUGAGGUCAACUGCACUAACACAGGAGGCACCUGCUCACCGCUGGCCUUCACCUGCAACAACAAGCGCUGCAUCUACUCCAGCUGGCGCUGUGAUGGCAUAGACGACUGUGGGGACGGUUCUGACGAAGCCAACUGUCCCACUCGCGGCCCCACCACUUGUGGGUCUGACUACUUCACCUGCGACAACAACAGGUGUGUCUCCAAAAGAUGGGUGUGUGACGGUGACAAUGACUGCGGCGAUGGCUCUGAUGAACACAACUGCAAUUCGACCAUCACCACAUGCCCGCCGGGCUACUUCCUGUGUCCCGAACACCGCUGUAUCAACCACUACUACGUGUGUGAUGGAGACCAAGACUGCUUGGACGGUUCAGAUGAGAAUAACUGCGAGUUUAACUGCCAGUCCUACGAGUUUGCUUGUGCCAGUGGAGACCAGUGUGUCAGUUCAUCAUAUCGCUGCGAUGGCGUGUACGACUGCAGGGACCAUUCGGAUGAACGAGAAUGCCCUACUCGAGCUCCAGGCCUUUGCCACGACCACGAGUUCCAGUGCCAGACCGACGGUUUGUGCAUACCGGCCGAGUGGGAAUGCGACAGCCACCCGGAUUGUGAGGACGGAUCCGAUGAACACAACACGUGCCCCGUGGUCACCUGCAGGUCCAACUAUUUCCAGUGUGACAACAAGAUAUGCAUUCCCAUGAGCUGGUUGUGUGACGGCGACAACGACUGCCGUGACAUGAGCGACGAGCAGAACUGCCCCGCUCCUCCCUUCAGCUGCCCCUCUGGACAGUGGCUGUGCCCCACCGACCAGGUGUGCAUCGACCUGGACAAGCUGUGCAACGGGCAGAGAGACUGUCCCAAUGGAGCAGACGAGUCACCUAUUUGCAACCAAGAUGACUGUGCACUGAACAACGGCGGUUGCAGCUACGAUUGCGUCCAGGGUCCGUACGGGGCUCAGUGCACAUGUCCUCCGGGAUUCCAGCUCCUCAAUGACUCCAAGACGUGUGACGACAUCGACGAGUGCCUGAUCCCCGGUUUCUGCAGCCAGCAGUGCUACAACGAGAGAGGAAGCUUCAGGUGCCACUGCUCGGACGGUUAUCUCCUGGGGCCCGAUGGACGCACCUGCAAAGUUGAAGACCCACUGGUAGCCGUGCUUUUGGUGGCCAAGCGUAGCCAGAUCAUCGCUGAUCGGCUCAACAUGAGGCCUCCCCAGACACGACCGGUCGUCAGCGGUUCCAGCAUCGUGACCGUGGACUUUGACCGCCCGACGUCCAGGAUCUACUGGGCUGAUGCUUCACAGAAAAAGAUAUGGAGUGCCUUCCAGAACGGCACAGACAGACGGGAAGUCUUCUCCACUGGUCUGAUGGCUCCUGAGAGCAUUGCAGUGGACUGGGUGGCUCGGAACGUUUACUGGACCGACUCCGUCAUGGAGAACAUCGAGGUGUCCACUCUGGACGGACGCUUUCGGAAGGUUCUCCUGAACGAAAACGUCACCAGCCCGCGUGGACUCGUUUUAGACCCCCGCAACUACACCUACCUGAUGUUCUGGUCAGACUGGGGUCAGAACCCCAGGAUUGAGCGAGCCAGCAUGGACGGAUCCAUGAGACAGGUCAUCGUCAGCACUAAGGUCUACUGGCCCAACGGACUGGCCCUGGACUACACCAGCCGCAGAGUCUACUUUGCUGACGCCUUCCUGAAAUACAUCGACUACUGUGACUAUGACGGAAACAACCGCCAUCAGGUCAUGGCGAGCGACAUGGUUCUCCAGCACCCACACGGCAUGACCAUCUUUGAAGACAACGUCUACUGGUCCGAGCGUUACACCAGCAAGGUGAUGAGGACGAACAAGUUCCACGGCGGGAACAUCACCACCCUGAUGAACAAUAUCUACCAACCCAUGGGCAUCGUCAUCGACCACCCCGUCAAACAGCCCGCAGCCUUGAACCCAUGCAGAGAGCAUUUGUGCAGUCAGCUGUGCCUGCUGGCAGGCAUCAGACCCAGGUACUACACCUGCCACUGCCAGUCUGGCUGGAAGCUGGAUGCUGACAAACGCACGUGCAUCAAAGAUGAGACUCCCUUCUUGAUGGUCGUCAGGGAUUCAGUGAUUUUUGGGAUUCCUUUGGACCCCGCUGACCAAGCCAACAAUGCCAUGGCCCCCGUGUCCGGCAUCACGCAGGGCCGAGACAUCGACUUUGACGACCAGGAGCAGUUUGUCUAUUGGGUGCAGAGCAGCGGUUCAAUUUGGCGAGUGAAAACCAGUGGCACCAACAGGUCUGAGUUUGCUCCAGCUGCUUACAUGGGCUCGCCGUCCGGUCUGGCUUUUGAUUGGAUAAGCCGAAUGAUGUAUUACACCAACCCCACUGGAAAAACAAUUGAAGUUAUCCGCGUAGAUGGAAAUGAGAAAUAUAGGAAGACCCUCAUCGCUUCAACUGGUAAACCGGAGGGAACUGGAGAGCCCGCUGGACUCGCCCUGGAUCCGGCCCGAGGGAAACUAUUUUGGACGGACAAAGGAUCAGACAGUGGAGUUCCUCCCAAAGUUGGCAGCGCCGACAUGGAUGGAGGAAACCUCAGGAACCUUUACACCGGCAGCUUGGAAAAUAUCGGGUUUAUCGCGGCUGACAUCGCAGCCAUGAAGCUGUACUGGGGUGUUGCAGGCUCAGGGGUGAUCGAGUGCGGUACGAUGGACGGAGUGAGUCGUUCGACGGUGGUCAGUGGCCUGUCUCAUCCAUGGGGGCUGACGAUCCACCAGAGCCACCUGUACUACACCGACCUGGACUACGAGGUCAUCGAGAGGGUGGACAAGGCCACCGGCGCCAACAUGGUGGUGAUGCGGAGCGGCAUGUCUGGGCUACGUGCCCUCAAAGUGCACGCCAGAGACAACUCAGCAGGGACCACCAACGCCUGCAGCGCUAAUAAUGGAGGCUGUCCGCACCUCUGCCUGCCUAAACCAAGCAAUCAGAAGACCUGCGCCUGCACCACGGGAUUCUCCCCCUCUCAGGAUGGCACCCGCUGUGAACAGUAUGAAUCUUUCGCCAUCACCUCGACCCAAAAGUAUAUCCGCGGCUUCCACAUAAACAGCAAUGACCACUCUGAGGCCAUGGUUCCUGUUGGGGGAACUUCAUAUGCCACCAAGGACAAGCUGGACCUGCAUAUAGCAUCUGGGUUUGUUUACUGGACUGAAAACAGCACCUCCACCUCGUACAGGGGGAUCUUCAGAGCUAAAACAAACGGCGGGAGUUACAGCCGUUUCGUCACCUCGGGUGUUGGACGAAGAGGCAUUCAGGGCCUGGCUGUGGACUGGGUUGCAGGUAACUUGUACUUCUCCAACGCGUUUGAGACGGAGACGUUCCUGGAGGUGCUGGCCAUCAACACCACCUACCGAAUGGUGCUCCUGAAGAGCGUGCAGGACCAGCCCAGGGACGUGGCGGUCAGCCCCAAGCUCCGCUACCUGUUCUGGACCGACGGGGGCCAGGCACCAAAGAUUGAGCGGGCACUGCUGGACGGCACGAACCGCACGGUGCUGACAUCGGAAAGCCUGGCGUCGCCUCGCGGCCUGACGGUCGAUUACACCAACGACUUCCUCUACUGGACGGACGACGUUCUUGACAUGAUCUCCCGCAUGGCCGUAGAUGGAAGUCAGAGGCAGAUUAUUCGCUACGGGAGCCGAUAUCCAUCUCCGACUGGGAUGGCUAUUUUUGGGAACAACAUGCUGUGGGUGGAUAGAAGACUGGGAAAACUCUUCCAGGCCAGCAAGGACCCGAGCAACACCGAUCAGCCAGAAGUAAUCCGGGACAGUCUGGACGGGCUGAUGGACGUCACCGUGUUUGACUCUCACGUGCAGCCCACGUCUGCCAACCAGGUGGGCUUCAACCCGUGCCAGGACAACAACGGCCGCUGCCAGCAGCUCUGCUUCGCCCUGCCCAACCAGGAGAAACCCAAAUGCAGUUGUGCACACGGGUCGCUGCUCAGUAACGGAGUAACGUGCGGUUACGGACUGGACGAGUUUCUCAUCUUCACAACAGACUACACGCUGAGCAGCCUGCGGCUCGACCCCACAGAUCACAGCACCCCUUUCCCAGCCGCCACCUUGGGCUACAGCGUCAUAGCGCUGGAUUACGACUUCAGGGAGAAGCGGAUUUUCUUCACCCAGUAUAUGGGAAUAGGUCGGAGCAGGAUCGGUUACGUCACCACGACAUCUGCCACAAGCCCCCCCGUCAUAAUUGCCUCAAACCUGAACGACCCUGAAGGACUGGCCUACGACUGGAUCCACAAGCGCCUCUACUUCACCGAUUCCUACAGCCGCAAUGUCCAGGCGAUGGCGGCGGAUGGGUCGAACCGCUCCAUCGUGGCUCACGCCAACCGGCCCAGAGGCAUCGUGGUGGACCCGUGCUACGGCUACAUGUACUGGACUGACUGGGGCUCUCCAGCCAAGAUUGAGAGGGCCACGCUGGGGGGAAACUUCCGGACGGCCAUCAUCAACAGCAGCCUGACGACGCCUAAUGGCCUGUCUCUGGACUACGAGGAGAGGAUGCUCUACUGGGCUGAUGCCUCUCUGGACAAGAUCGAGCGAUCCACGCUCACUGGGGGAAACCGUCAGGUAAUCCUGCGAGGAGUCCAGUAUCCGUUUGCCAUGACCGUCUUCCAGCAGGACAUCUUUUGGACCGACUGGACAGAGAGAGCUGUCUUUAGGGCCGGGAAGGACGACGGCUCUGGGGUCACGGUGUUGGCGCAGGACCUCCAGUACCGAGCCAAUGACAUCCACGUCUACACCGCAGCCAAGCAGGAGAACUGCUCCAGCUCGUGCCAGCAGUUCAACGGGGGCUGCAGUCACGUCUGCGUUCCCGGUCCGCUGGGCCCUGAGUGCCAGUGCCCUCAUCAGGGGAACUGGUACCUGGCCAACAAUGGCAAAGACUGCAUCCCAGACACUGGAGAACGCUGUAAGCCGCUGCAGUUCACCUGUCUCAACGGAAACUGCAUCUCCUCACGCUGGAAGUGCGACGGCUACAACGACUGCCAGGAUAACUCGGAUGAGCUGGAGAGAGUGUGUGCCUUCCACAGCUGCUCGGCCAUGGACUUCUCCUGUGACAAUGGCCGCUGCGUCCCGCUAAGCUACACCUGCGACUACAUGGACGACUGCGGGGACAACAGCGAUGAGCGCGGAUGCCCCUUCCCCACGUGUAACCCCGCCACCGAGUUCACCUGCGGCAACGGCCGCUGCAUCAGCGCCGCCUUCGUCUGUGACGGCCACAACGACUGUCGAGACAACGCUACCUCGGAUGAAAUCAACUGCCCUGACCGCACAUGCCCUGACGGCCAGAUCAAGUGUGACGGAACCAACAUCUGCAUCUACCCGGUAAAUCUAUGCGACGGCUACAACAACUGCGGGGACAACAGUGACGAGAAUCCUCUCUUCUGUGCGGGUCGCACGUGCGCUCCAGAUGAGUUCCGCUGCGAUGCAGGAAAGUGCAUCCCUCCGUCCUGGGUGUGUGACUUCAUCAGAGACUGCAGUGAUGGAACGGAUGAACCUCCCUCUUGUGAGGAUCUAAUCAGGACAUGCCAUCCGGACCAGUUCACUUGUACCAACGGGAACUGCAUCCCUCAGACGCUGGUGUGUGACGGCAACAACGACUGCUGGGACAACAGUGACGAGGCUCCAGAGCUGCAGUGUGGCCAGCGUACCUGCGGCCCAGGUCAGUUCACCUGCCCCACCUGGUACCCGGGCAGCCCCCGGUGUGUGCCGCUCAGCUUCGUGUGUGACGGGGAGAGAGACUGCGCCAACGCGGCCGACGAGCUCCACAACUGUCCCAACCGGACCUGCCAUAUGAACGAGUUUGCCUGUUCCAACGGGCUCUGCAUCCUCAUCCCCUACCACUGUGACCGUGUGAACGACUGCGGGGACGGCAGUGACGAGGUGAACUGCAAGUACGACACGUGCAGCAGCAGCCAGUUCACCUGCGGUAACGGCGUCUGCAUCCCCGCCUCCUUCGCCUGCGACGGGGAGAGCGACUGCACGGACGGUUCGGACGAGGCGGCCAGCCUGUGCACCACGCCACAGCCGACCUGCUCUCCCCAGCACUACCUGUGCAAGUCGGGAGAGUGCAUUGAGGUCAGCAAGGUGUGCAACGGGCAGAAGGACUGCCAGGACAACAGCGAUGAAAAGGGCUGCGGAGUCAAUGAGUGUCGCAGCCCAUCCGUUCACCGGUGUGCUCAACUCUGCACCGACACCCCCACCGGUUAUUACUGCUCCUGCCACCCGGGCUACCGGCUCAUGCCGGAUGGCAAAGCGUGCGAGGACCUGGACGAGUGUCUCAGCACGCCUGCUGUCUGCAGCCAGAUCUGCGAGAACGCCGUUGGCUCGUACCACUGCAAAUGCGCUCCGGGGUACAUCCGCGAGGCGGACGGACGCACCUGCCGUCAGAACAGCGGCAUCGCCCCAUACCUGUUGUACAGCAACCGCUAUUACAUCCGCAACCUGACCACCGACGGCUCACACCUGAGCGUAGUCCUGCAGGGGCUGUCCAACGUGGUGGCGCUGGACUUUGACCACUACGAGAAGAGACUGUAUUGGGUGGACGCCGGGGCCGGAAGGAUCGAGAGGAUGCGUUUUGACGGAAGUGAUAGGGAGACGCUGGUGGAACACAAUGUUUAUGGAGCUGAAGGCCUGGCGCUGGACUGGGUGGGAAGGAAGGUUUACUGGGUGGAUGGUUAUUAUGGCUCUAUUCACGUGAUGGAGCUGGAUGGACGCAACCAGAGGAAGCUGCUGUCAGGAGACUUCAAAACUGGAAAUGACACUUACAUUAUCAGCCGACCACGUGCUGUGGCUGUCAACCCUAAAUACGGAUGGCUCUAUUGGACGGACUGGGCAGAUGCAGCGUAUAUUGGCAGAGUUGGCAUGAAUGGAGAGAAUAUCAGCGCCAUUAUUACGACCAAGCUGGAGUGGCCCAGCGCUCUGACCAUCGACUACACCAACAACAAGAUCUUCUUUGCUGAUGCACAUCUUAACUUCCUGGACUUUGCAGACAUGGAUGGCCAGAACCGGCACCGGGCCAUGGCUGGUUCACUUCCACACGUGUUUGCAGUGUCCCUGUUUGAAGACUGGGUGUUCUGGACGGACUGGAACACGCACACGGUGGAGAAAGCCCACAAGUACACGGGCGAGCAGCGCAGCGUCAUGGGCAACAACACUCACCGGCCCAACGACGUCCACGUGUACCACCCCUACAGACAACCCAGAAGUGAAAACCCUUGUUCGUCCCAUGACCUGACCUGCAGUCAUCUGUGUUUGAUCGGCCCCGGCGGGCAGCGAGCUUCCUGCGAGUGUCCGGAUCAUUUCAUUGCCCUGGCUGUGGGAUUCAGGAUCCAGUGUGUGGCCGACUGCUCCAGCACCCAGUUCCGCUGCGGGGACAACGAGAGAUGUGUGCCUAUAUGGUGGAAGUGCGACGGCCAGUCAGACUGCGGCGAUGGCUCUGAUGAGCCGCAGACCUGCCCCCCUCGCUACUGCCCCGCCGGCCAGUUCCAGUGUCAGGAUGGAAACUGCACCUACCCCGGAUUCCUCUGCGACGGCGAUAACGACUGCCCCGACAGUUCGGACGAGGACGCCGCUCUCUGCAGUGAUCACCGGUGCGAGCCAAACCAGUUUCAGUGUAAAAACAAGAAGUGCAUCCCUGUUUCCUGGCACUGCGACGGAGUGAGCGACUGCUCAGACGGCAGCGACGAGGAUGCAGAGACCUGUGCACAGAGGACCUGCGCCCCGGGGCAGUUCCAGUGUGCCAACGGCCGCUGUGUGCCAUCCAGCUACGUGUGUGACGCUCAGGACGACUGUGGAGACGGAUCUGAUGAGCCGUAUGAAACCUGCAUGGGUCCAGACCACAAGUGUGACGAGGACACGGAGUUCUCCUGCAAGACGAACUACCGCUGCGUUCCUCAGUGGGAGCGCUGCGACGGCACCAACGACUGCAUCGACAACAGUGACGAGGAAGGCUGCGAGGGGGUGACUUGCGACCCUCACGGAGAUUUCCGCUGUGACAACCACCGCUGUGUUCCCAUCCGCUGGAGGUGCGAUGGAAACAACGACUGCGGCGACGGCUCGGAUGAGAGGAACUGCCAGCCAAGGCCGUGCUCUGAAAGCGAGUUUCGGUGUGACGACGCACACUGCAUCCCUGGAAAUUGGGUAUGUGACCAUGACAAUGAUUGCGGAGACAACUCAGAUGAGCGAGACUGCGAGCUGCGCACGUGUCGCCCCGGUUCCUUCCAGUGCGACUCGGGUCACUGCAUCCCUGCUGCUCUGCAGUGCGACGGCCGGGCCGACUGUCAGGAUCUCUCAGACGAGACCAGCUGUCCUACGCGUUACCCAGGGGGCCGUUGGUGUCCUCCAAGUGAGUUCCAGUGUGCAAACCGGCUGUGUGUGAGCCAGAGCUGGGUGUGUGACGGCGAUGACGACUGCGGGGACCGCUCUGACGAACAAAUCGGACUAUGCUUGAACAUCACCUGCGAGAUGCCGUCCAGGUUCCGCUGUGCCAACGGCUACUGCAUCUACUCCGGCCUGCUGUGCAACAAGAGGGACGACUGCGGAGACGGCAGCGACGAGCAAGAAGACCUGUGCCGCGAGCCCACCCUGGCCCCCUGCACGCUGGACCAGUUUAAAUGCACCAAUGGACACUGUGUGUCCCUGCCGUACGUCUGUGACCACAACGACAACUGUGGGGACCGCACUGAUGAGAUGGGCUGCAACUUUGGCCAUGACCGAAACUGCGAUGAGAAGCUGUGCCAGCACGAGUGCACCAACCUGAACGGCACCGGCUUCAUUUGUUCCUGCAGACCCGGAUACAGCGUGGACCCAGACAGCACGUACACAUGCCUGGACAUCAACGAGUGUGAGGAGUAUGGUACCUGUCCUCAGGCCUGUAAAAACACCAAAGGCAGCUACGAUUGUGAGUGUGUACCCGGCUACAGGAAAGUGGGCGACGGCAACAUGUGUGAGGCUGAGGGAUCUUCUCCGCUGCUGCUUCUACCAGAGAACAUUCGUAUCAGGAGGUUCAACCUGCAGACGGAGGGUUACCACGACUACCUGCAAGAGGAGGAGCGCAUCAUGGCUCUGGACUACGACUGGGACCACAACGGCACCGGUUUCAGCAUGGUGUACUUCACCGUUGCUGGGAAGGACUCUGCGGCAGGCGCCAUUAAAAGAGCAUACAUACCCUCAGUGGACGACGGCAGUAAUAACAUCGCCGCUGCCGUUGAGCUGGACAUCAAAUACAUCACGUCGCCAGACGGCAUCGCUGUGGACUGGGUCGCCAGAAACCUUUACUGGGCAGACUCGCGGCUGAGGAGGUUGGAGGUGGCUCUGCUGGACGGACGCUACAGGAAACAUCUCGUCAAGACCGACCUGGGUCAUCCAUCUGCAGUGGCCAUCAACCCUCGACUGGGGAUGCUCUAUUGGGCAGAUCGAGGGGACACAGCUAAGAUCGAGUGUUCCUGGCUGGACGGACAGGAAAGGAAAGUUCUGGUGGCCGACGGCCUGGGCUGGCCCACCGGCCUGGCCAUCGAUUUCACCAACGACGACAGGAUCUACUGGUCCGACUCCAAGGAAAGCCGCAUCGAGUCCAUUCUGCCCUCGGGGGAGCAACGUAAAACUGUCGUUUAUAUCGAUGUGAGAAACCCCUUCAGCGUGAGCGUGUUCGAGGACCACGUCUACUGGAGCACGCAGGAGAAGGGCGAGGUGUUUCGACAGGACAAGUUUGGCGGCGGAGACAAGACCAAGCUGCUGACGGCAGGUCCCUGGCUGACCCAGGUCUCCGUGUACCAGCAGCAGAGAUACAACUCCAUCGCCGUGAAGAACCCGUGUAAGGGGACGUGCAGCCACCUGUGUCUGGUCCGGCCGGGAGGAUACACCUGCGCCUGCCCCGAAGGCACCAGCCUCGUCUCCGGCAGCAGCACUGAAUGCGAUGCAGGGUUUGAGCCACCGCCCACCAUGCCGCCGCCAUGCCAGUGUCAGAACGGAGGCACCUGCUACUUUGACGACAACAAGGCUCUCUGCAUUUGUCCCCCGGAGUGGAAGGGAGAGCACUGCCAGACUAAUGUGUACAACGUGGUGGCAUCCUCAAUCGGAAUAGCCAUCGGGGUGACGGUGUUGAUUGUUGCUCUGCUGGUUGCUCUGGUUUAUGCUGCCAGGAGCAAGUCUAACGUGCUGGAGAGGCUGAGGAGCAGCAUGCCCAGCAUGCCCAGCAUGCCCAGCAUGCCCAGUAUGCCCAGUAUGCCCAGUAUGCCCAGUAUGCCUAAUUUCUCAGGCUUCAGGAAUGGUUUCACCCAAAAUGGAGCCAAUGCUGAAGGCGGUGAAUCAAGCCAGAGCUCAGAACCGGUUCCCUGCACGUCGGUGUCCAUGGACGACGCCGGGGGAAAGAGCUUUGAGAACCCGGCGUAUGAAGCCGGAGAAGAGCCGACCUCCGCCGGCAUCCCGGCUGUCACCCCCACUCCUGCUGAAGCAAACAAGUUCUCUGCCCCGGUUCAGGAGGCUCCUCAGGAGAACAUGAAUAAUCCCCUGUAUGAGGAGUCUCAAGCUGCGGAUGAAUCGGCAAAAGCGUACCAGGAGCCUUCUGAAAACCAGCUUCUAGACUCAGUAGAAAGCACCACAUCUGCAGAUCCAGCUGUGUCCACAUCACAGCAGUUCAGACCCGUAGCAGAUGACAACUUGGUGACGUUCCAAAAUCCCACAUACACGGAUCCCACACAUGCACCUGCCCCCGAGUCCAGCGCCUGACGUGACCUCCGGACCAGAGAUUACACGGGAUCAUUCUCAACAGGACGCUGAUUAACCGAGCAGCUCCACGAAUCGGACAUGGACAAACACAACCAGACGGCUUGUACAAGACAAAACAACAUUAUUUUGUGAUACUUUGCGAAACAUGUGUAACUUUGACUUCAGUGUAAUUAAUAUUGUAAAAAGAAAAAUCCUAGAAAACAGUUCAAUAUUGAUAAUGUUAAUUUGACUAUGUAAAGAAUGAUUUAAAUCAAGACUAGUGUUUGUGAUUGAGUCUUCUUGUGAAUGUGGAUUGUGAGGAACUCAAAUAAACUAAUAUAGACAUCA